AUGGCCGGCUCUAAAGAAAAUGCCUAUCGCCAGUUCCUCCCAGAUCUAAGUAUUCCUCGAUUUACUACAAUGGCGACUCAGGAUGCUCACGUCUAUGCAAACGCGUUUAAAGAGGGGGGGAAUCCCCCGUGGAUUUACGCACUUUAUCAACACUGGAAGGAACUACUGAAAGUACCUUACAAAGGUGUUACAAAUGAUGGGCAUAUCAAAAGAGACUUAUUCACACUCCAGGAUGAGGGAAUUGAGAUCGACAAGAUCGUAGAAACCACACAAGCUGCACUGUCUCAGUUAGCACCAGCACAACUGUCCAAGUUGUCCUACCAUAUCGACUCGCCGGAGUGGCGAACGUGGUCCAACCCUGAAUUUCUACUCAGUCAUAAAGGCGUCCGGCUGGACGAAUUGUCGGCAGAAGCGAGGGAUGGGAUCCUGGCGAUUCUCCGCGCAACACUCUCACCCGAAGGUUAUGAGAAAGCCAUCUCUGCGAUGCGCAUCAACGGAUUCCUAGGCGACCUUGUGAAAUCUCCGGCCGUCAUGAACGAGUUCUCCUACAAUUUCGUGCUUUUUGGCGAACCGUCGAGCACGGAAGCUUGGGGCUUCAGCUUCUACGGCCACCAUUUAUGCCUGAAUAUUUUCUUCUACAAGUCCCAGAUCGUCAUAUCGCCGUGGUUCACCGGCGCCGAGCCGAACAUCAUCGACGAGGGACCGUACGCUGGCACCAAGAUCCUGCAGGUGGAGGACAAAGCAGGCUUGGAACUGAUGCAGUCGCUAGCUCCAGAGCAACAAUCCAAGGCUCAGGUCUACAAAGAGCUGAAAGACCCAGCCAUGCCCAAGGGACGAUGGAACCACGACGACCAACGGCAUAUGUGCGGCGCUUACCGAGACAACCGAGUGGUCCCGUACGAAGGCGUUCUCGUGAGCACGUUCAACGCUUCACAGCAGGCGCUCGUAAAGACCAUCUUGAACGAAUAUCUGCUGUACCUUCCGCAGUCAGCCCGUGACGUGCGUCUCAAGCAGAUGGAGUCGUUCUACCCAGAGACCUACUUUAGCUGGAUUGGCGGGUUUACCGACCAAGACGCCUUCUACUACCGGAUCCAAAGCCCCGUCGUUAUUGUCGAGUUCGACCACCACUCCGGUGUCUUUCUCACCAACAAGGAACCAGCGCGCUUUCAUAUCCACACUCUCCUAAGGACGCCUAAUGCUGGUGAUUAUGGAAUGGCCUUGCGCCAGUUGAUUCCUCCAAAGGAAGACACUUUUGUCUGGGAGGGAUAA